AUGAAUGACAUUCCUCCCAGGAGGACUGUUGUUCUAACUGGAAUUAAGUUUUGGAAUGUAAGGGUCAAGGCUCAUCAGCUUAACCAAGGCAAGAGGCAGCCUUGUCCGCUGCUUUGCCAGGCCUUUUCAAUAGUGGAAGGAGGAAGGAGAACGUAAUUAUUUCACCGCUGUCUAGCAGUGUUAAGAGCCAUUGCUAGGCACGUCAGUAUGUCUAACUUCAAAUUCAUUCCUUGGCACUCCCUUCAUCCUCCCUUGCUGGUUGUUAAUCAGUUCAUGAUGCAGACUUGA